UAGCCUUUAGAUUUUACUCCUCUAUCUUAACCUAGCUUUUAAUUCUUCCUUAGAUAAGAGAAAAAAGAAGAAAAGAUGACUAACAUCUCCCACGAUCAUCCUUUGACCUACACCUUUGGCAUUUUGGGUAACAUAUUCUCCUUCAUGGUGUUUAUUGCCCCAGUACCUACAUUUUAUAGGAUCAUUAAGAAGAAAACAUCAGAAGGGUUCCAUUCAUUACCAUAUGUUGUUGGCUUAUUUAGCGCAAUGCUUUGGAUUUACUAUGCAAUGGUUAAAACCAAUGUUAUCCUUCUCAUCACCAUCAACUCCUUUGGUAUCUUUGCGGAGAUUAUUUACGUGGCUAUUUAUUUUACUUAUGCAACAAAAAAACAAAGGAUCAAAUCACUAGGACUUGUCCUACUGUUGAAUGUCGGUGCCUUUGGACUCAUUAUUUUCCUCACUCAAAUUUUGUGCGAAGGACCUAAACGCGCUGCAGUUAUUGGAUGGAUUUGCAUGGCAUUUUCGAUUAGUGUAUUUGUAGCACCUCUAAGCGUUAUGGGACGGGUAAUACGGACUAAAAGUGUGGAAUUCAUGCCGUUUAACUUGACAUUAACCCUUGCAGUUAGUGCUGUAAUGUGGUUUAUGUAUGGUUUACUUUUGAGGGACAUUUACGUCGCGGUACCGAACAUAGCGGGAAUGCUACUUGGAGUGCUCCAAAUGAUAUUAUAUGGAAUAUACAGAAACUCCAAACCAAACGACGUUGCUGCAGAGACCAAAUUACCCACCAUUGUGAAGGUGGAUCAAGAGCCUAUAAAAGUUAAUUCUGAGGCCUAUACAGUUAAUGUUCCAUCCAAGGACUGUAAAAUUGGAGAGGCUAAAGCUGGUAAAAAUCUUGAAGAUGCCCAAAUUAACUCUCAAGUGUGAAAGACUUCAAAACCAAGACAAUAAUAUUGGAGGCCCUUUCUGCAAGAUUUUCUUAAUUCGAUUAAAAAAAAAAAAUCUGGGCCUCAAGUCUAUAUCUACGAGUUAAUAUUUUGUUACAAUUGUAUGUAUGUAUUUUGGGAUUUAGUGAUCCAUUUACGAGUCUCGCUUUCUUCGGCUUCAUCAUCCCUCUAGGAGUUAGAUUUCCAAAUUUAUUUGGAGAGAACUCCUACCGAUAUCAUGUAUGG